AUGGUAAUCACCGCCAGUAUACAACCGACGGCAGAACAAUAUCCUCAGAUUGUGGGAUUCGUGUUGGAACCAUCAGUCCUCGAUCCUGAACAUUCUGCUGAAUCUCCCAACCCUCCUCGAUACGAAGACGCUUUGAAGCCGGUGUCUGCUCCACCACGCUACGAAGUGGAAUCGAAUGCUUCGAGUUCACCACCAAGAAGUGUAGAACUUCCUCCAAGCGGACGGACGACGGCUCGAAUCGAAUCAUCAGUGGACGAAAUAUCUUCCCUCGAUGGAGAAGUUGAAGACAUGAAAUCGCCACGUCUAUCUCGUGGACAGCAGAAGAUGCUCGCCUGUUCAUCAAAAGCUCGAAACUGA